AUGGCGACUCCGGGAGAUGAGACGCGCUCACCCCCGGUGGGGGAAACCGUUGCUUCUCCAGGCCAUGCCGAGAUUGAUACUGAGGAUGGGGCGAACCCGGCAACGGGUAUCAUUGAUGCUGACGACGGAGAAACAGACUCCGCCAUCAAUGUCUCAAUCCGCGAUUCUCUCACUUCCAUUCGCUCAUCCAUCCUUAAUUUUGAAGAUGAGAAUGGACGUCUCUAUCACUCUCAUUCCCGAGGCAAAUACUACUUUCCCCAUGAUAACGUUGAACAAGAGCGUUUGGAUCUACAGCACGAGCUCUUCAUGAGGACGUUCAGAGGGCGCCUUUGCACAUGUCCAAAGUCUUACGGUGCUAACAGAGUCCUGGACCUCGGAACGGGAACCGGAAUCUGGGCUCUGGAAUAUGCGGAGGAGCAUCCCGAGUCUGAAGUGAUCGGGGUGGAUAUCAGUCCAGUGCAGCCUGACUUUAUGCCUCCCAACUGCUCUUUUGAGAUAGAUGACCUGGAGAAGCCAUGGACAUGGUCAAAACAAUUCGACUUCAUCUUUUCUAGGACUUUGAGCGGCAGCAUUCUGGACCCAGCCAAGCUAGUUGACAGCAUUUACAACCAACUCGAACCCGGCGGCUGGUUCGAAGCACAAGAUGUCUGCAUGGAAGCUCGGACCGACGACAACACACUACCUGAGAACAGCUACUUGGCGCAGUGGGCCGAUGAGGUGGUUGACGCUAUGGAAAAGAUCAAUCGGACUCUCAAGCUUCCACUCAAGUGGAAGCAGCUUCUCAUCGAUCGCGGCUUUGUAGAUGUCCGAGAGACCAUUUAUAAAUGGCCAACCAACACUUGGCCACGAGACAAGACGAUGAAGGAUAUUGGCGGAUGGGGGCUAGCCAAUCUUGACUACUUCCUUGAGACAGCAGCUCUCGGUAUCUUGACCAACAUCAAGGGCUGGUCGAAGGAGGAGGUCAUUGUUCUGUGCUCGCAAGCAAGAAAGGAGAUGCGUGAUCCGAGGAUCCAUGUUUGGUGGCCUGUAUAUGUCGUUUCUGGUCGGAAGCCAGGAAAUUCAACUCAGGCGCCUGUUGAGCCCUCGACAGCUGGAGUUGCCUGA